AUGUCACCAUGGUUAGAAGCGAUCCGCUCUCAACUAAUCGAGCGCGACAAGCGGGAAUCCUCUCACCGCACCUUGAUCGCGCAUUCCCAACGUCUGGCCCAACAUGCAGCGAUGUUGCAUCAACGGAACCAGGCUCUUUUGAACGCGAGUUUAGGGCAGAACAGUGGGGGUACGGGCGCAGGGACGGUGGGGGGUCCGGGAGGGACAAGUGGGGGUCAGACCACGUCGGGAGCAGUGGGGGUACAGCGGGGACGAAUGAGUAGGUUUGAAUGAUCGAUAGCUGGUCAGGGCUGCUCCGGAUCGAGUGUCGGUCGCCUGACACGACCUCGUUCUCGUAUUGUCUCAUCAUUCAGCGCCGUUCGCCAAGCCAUGAUCACCUCCCUCGAAUCCCAACUCGCCUCAACACGGCACGAACUAGCCGAGCAAUACAAAAUACAAUCCACAAAUGCCCAACGACUACUAGGCUUGACGGACCAGUUGCGCGAGUUCGAGGAUAAGGGGAGGGAGGAGAAGGAUGAGUUGAGGAGGUUGAGGACGGAGGUCGAAGGCCUGAGGGAUAGGGCAAAGUGGCAUAAGGAGGUGGUGCAGGAGAAGGAGAGACAACUCGUCGUAGGUUGCUGUAGCGGGACAGUCUAUCUUGACCCAGGAGGCCUACUCGAGCAUAUUCGUGGAAAGGCAAGGGAGAAAUCUGACAAUCUCGAGUCCUCUCCGCUCUUCACUCUCAAUCAGAUCCUACAAGACGACCUCUCGGCGCUCGAACUGGAACUCAACCAAGUCACGAAACAGAACAAAGACCUCAAGACCGACAAUGCCGGAUUAUUGCAACGGUGGUUGGAAGCGAAGAACGACGAGGCUCGGCGGAUGAACGAACUCUUCUCGACAGAAACCACGCGAGCUAAAGGAAUGUCUUCAUCGCCGAUAGCACAAUCUACAUCGGAUGAACCUCCACCGGAUAUUACAGUGUCGACAGAGGCGGAAGAGCCCGCUAUAACGUCAUAG